GUCAGUGUUAUCCUUUCAUUCCCUUCAGUCGCUUGUCAGGUUUUCAAUUCCCAAAAAUCAACUAUUUGAUUACCUAAUAAUUUUUGGAUUGAAAGUGUUCACUUUAAUAGAUUUAAAUUAGUCGAAAUGGCGGUCAGCUUUGUCCAAAAACGCUUCAUGGCCAGCGCAUUGCAAAGGUGGGCCUACAAUCUCUCUGGAUUCAACAAAUACGGCCUUUGGAGAGAUGACAUUCUUUAUGAAGACGACGACGUGAAGGAGGCCAUCAGAAGGCUCCCAGCAAAUAUCGUGGACGAGAGGAACUAUCGUAUCCUCAGGGCAGUACAAUUGUCGGGCAACAAAGAUAUCCUUCCCAAAGAUCAGUGGACAAAACUUGAAGAUGAUAAGUUGUAUCUCACCCCCAUUGUGAAAGAAGUUAUUAAGGAAAGGGAGGAAAGGCAAGAAUGGAACAAGAAUUAUUGAAUAUAUAAUAUGUCAGUAGUGUGAAUGUAAAGAACUAAGUUAUUUGGGUCAAUAAAAUGUAAAUACCAGACAAAUUUGAAUCAUACAUCUUUGUUCAUAUUAUAUUAUUCCCCAAAGUUAUCUUCAGGCCAUAUUACAUUAAUAUGUAUUUUAUAUUUCUGCAGGUAUUAUGCAUUCCCAGUUGGCUUAGAAAAACAGCAAUUAUAAAAAUUAUAUUUAUUACUA